AUUAUUGUUAUUGGGAUGAUUAUUGUUAUUAUUAUUGUUGUUAUUUGGAUUAUUAUUAUUGUUGUUAUUAUUAUUACAGACAUCACAGGCUACAGAGUGACAUGCACCCCGACCAAUGGGCAGCGAGGAAACUCCCUGGAGGAGUUGGUCCAGCCGGUCCAGAACCAGUUAAUCCUGGAGAACCUGAGUCCAGGAGUGGAGUACAACGUCUCUGUCUACACUGUCAAAGACAACCUGGAGAGUGUCCCUGUGUCCACCACUGUCACCCAAGACGUGCCCAAGCUAAACGACCUCCACUUUGUCGACGUCACCGACACCACUGUGGGCCUGCGCUGGACCGCCCUGGUAAACGUUACCGCCAUCACAAGUUACCGUGUAACGGUUAUGGCGUCGGGCGAGAGUUUGCCCAUCAUCAUGGAUACGGUGGACUCGUCGACGGGCCAUUAUACGGUGCGCGGGCUGGAGCCCGGUGUGGAUUAUGACAUCAGUGUCACUACGAUAACGGAGGAAGGGGAGAGCGAGCCGGCCACACGCAGAACACAAACCCAGACUGCCGUCCCCGCCCCCACCAACCAGAACUUUGGAGGGGUGGGCCCCGAUCACAUGAGGAUCAGCUGGACCGUCCCCAACGUCCCCACGCCCAGUGACAUCACACGCUUCGUCAUCCGCUACCACCCCAGCAGCAACGACGACGACGUCAAGGAGCUCAAUGUGGGCGGAGCCACCAACACCUUCCUGCUGCAGAACCUGCUGCCCAACACAGAGUACAGGGUGAGCGUGGUGUGUGUUUACGAGGAGAGAGAGAGCGCACCAGUCACUGGCACUCAGAGAACAACCCUGGACUCUCCCACUGGCCUGGACUUUGCUGACGUCCUGACCAACUCCUUCACCAUCCACUGGCUGGCCCCCGGCGCCGUGAUCACCGGCUACCGUAUCCAUUACCAGAUGACCAGCGGAGGCAGGGCCAAGGACGAGAGACUGCCCCCGACCAGGAGCCACUUCACCCUGACUGGCCUGGCCCCCGAGACAGAGUACAGUGUUGAGGUCUACGCUGUCAGCGGGAACCAGGAGAGUCUGCCUCUCACUGGCACUCAGGCUACUAUCUCUGACGCCCCCACCGACCUGGAAGUGACCUCAACCAGCCCCACCAGCAUCACCAUCCGCUGGGACGCCCCCUCUGUCACCGUGAGGUACUACAGGAUCAUCCACGGAGAGACCGGUGGAGAAAGCCCUGCUAAGGAGUUCACUGUCCCCGGCUCCCAGUCCGAGGCCACCAUAUCUAACCUGAACCCAGGGACAGACUACACCAUCACCGUCUACGCUGUGACAGGGAGAGGGGACAGCCCGGCCUCCAGCACACCCAUCUACAUCAGUCACAAGACUGACGUGGAGGGCCCCACCAACAUGGACGUGACAGAUGUGAAGGACAACACCAUCACAGUGCGCUGGUCCGCAGCCCAGGGCCCCAUCAAUGGCUACAGGGUCACCAGCGUCCCCAAGAAUGGACAGGGCCCCUCUUUCUCUGAGGUGGUGGCCCCUGAUCAGACCGAGAUUACGUUUACUGGCUUGAUGCCCACGGUGGAGUACGUUCUGAGUGUGACCGCUCUGGGAACCGAUGGAGAACCUUCCACACCUCUGGUAGAGAACGCCAUCACAGCAAUGGACCGUCCCAAGGCCCUGUCCUUCUCUGAGGUGGACUCCACCUCCCUGAGGAUCACAUGGGACAGUCCGGACGGCACGGUGACAUCAUACCGCGUGCUGUACUCCAGCCCUGAGGAAGGCGAGAGAGAGCUGCGCCCGGCGCCCAGAGGGACAGACGAUACCGUGGUACUGAGGAAUCUCCGCCCCGGCACAGAGUACACUGUUAAGGUCAUCGCUCUGCACGGACGCACCCCCAGCACCCCACUGGUGGGCACACAGGCCACAGCUAUCCCUGCUCCCACCAAUCUGGACAUCUCUGAGGUUGGUGACACCUCCUUCACCGUGUCGUGGCGCUCCCCCAGCUCCGGGCUGUCUGGGUACCGCGUGGUUGUCAACCCCAAGAACAACAAUGGACCCACCAAGGAGAUGACCAUCGCCCCAGACACCACGCGCGCCGUGGUCCCAGGACUCAUGGUGGCCACUGUGUACACAGUGCACAUUUACGCCCUGAAGAACUCUGUGACCAGCCGACCCCUGGAGGGAGAGGUCACCACGCUGGACAACAUCAGUCCUCCUCGGCGUGUGCGUAUCUCUGACGUGAAGGACUCAGCCAUCACGCUGACCUGGCGUGCUAAGGUUGAGACCAUCACUGGGUACCUCAUCGAAGCUCAGCCCCUCGGCGGCAGCCGCCCCGCCAUCAAGAAGACAAUCCCCGGAGAGCAGCGCACCUACACCAUCACUGGUCUGGAGCCAGGCACCUCCUACACUAUCCACAUCUACACCAUCAACGGUGAUGCACGCAGCGCCCCCUUCACCCUCACGGCCACCACAGCCAAACCAGCGGUGCAUUCCCCCACCAACCUCCAGUUCACCUCCCUGACCCCCAACUCCAUCUCCUUCAGCUGGGAACCCCCCGCCACACGUAUCACAGGAUAUUACAUCACCUACGAGGAGGCAGGCAGGGCGCAGCCCCGUGAGCUUACCCCCCGCCCCCACGCUGGCCAGAACUACGCCACCAUCUCUGGUUUGAGACCAGGCACCGAGUACAUCAUCAAGAUCAUCGCUCUUCAGAAUGUCCAGAGAAGCACCCCAUUGGUGGGCACGGCCAGGACUCAACGUGAAUCCCUGCUUACACUGCCACUCCCCAACCGCCCCGGAGGCUACGACCACCUGGACGUGCCUGAAGAAAAGGAGAGCCGUGUCCCAACAGUAGUAGGUAACAACGGCCUAGACACCCUGGGGGGCCAGGGCCAGAACGUGGAGUACACUGAGUACAACAACCAGAACCCCCAGGCACCCCAUGGGAACGGCCAGACACCCUAUGGGAACGGCCAGACACCCUAUGGGAACGGCCAGACACCCUAUGGGAACGGCCAGACACCCCUGGUGUUUGUGCCCCUUCCGGACGCGGAGGGGCGCAGGGUGCCGGUGGUGAGCGUGAACGUGCCUGGUGGCUCUCCCUUUGGUUUUCCAGAAAAGGACACAGGAAUCCCUCAGGAGGCCCAGACCCAGACCACCAUCGCCUGGAAGCCUUACAAGCAGAGUUCAGAGUACCUGGUGUCCUGCAACCCUCUGACACACGUCAACGAGAAGAUGUUCCAGAUGCGUCUGCCUGGUACCUCCACCAGUGCCACUCUGAUCGGCCUGACCAGCGGAGCCUCCUACAACGUUAUCGUAGAGGCCCUGAAGGGGGCACUCAAACACAAGAUCCUGGAGGAGAUUGUCACCGCCGGCAACACCCUGACAGAGGGUUCCACCGGCACAGAUAAGGACUCGUGCUACGACACCUUCACAGCCACCUACCAUGACGUUGGGACCGAGUGGGAGCGCAUGUCUGAGACGGGCUUCAAGCUGUGGUGCAGGUGUCUGGGACUAGGCAGUGGACACUUCCGAUGUGACUCCUCUAAGUGGUGUCAUGAUGGAGGUAACAACUACCGUAUCGGGGAGAAAUGGGAGCGCCAGGAGGAGAAGGGCCCCAUGAUGAGCUGCACCUGCCUGGGCAAUGGGAAGGGAGAGUUCAAGUGUGAACCACAUGAGUCCACCUGCUAUGACGAUGGGAAGAUGUACCAGAUUGGUAACCAGUGGCAGAAAGAAUACCUGGGAGCCAUCUGUACCUGCACCUGCUACGGAGGACAACAGGGCUGGCGUUGUGAGAACUGUCGUAGACCAGGUGCUGAGGUUGACUCUAGUCUGCUGCAGCCCGUCCGAUACAGAGACCCCACCAACACACUACGCAAAGUGAACAUCCAGUGCCCCAUUGAAUGCCUUCGACCUGAACUACUGGCAGACGCACUGGCAGAAGGACACAUCCCCCAGAAUCCCCUGGAGUAAAAGAUAAAUCUCCUCUUCCUUACCCAUGGUCUGUCAAGUCUCUUUGAAGAGGAGGUCGCCCUGUCCAGUCAGAGACAGACCUGAACCAACACAUCGGUGCCUUACUGAUCAGCUUAACCAUAUCUAACACACCUACAUACUGUAGGUCCAUUCCUUCCUAGUCUUAAGAGAACCCCCUGCACACUUUCAGAGUGUUGGUUAAGUUGUGUCUCUUGUCAUUUCCCUUUGAGACACUUAAGAGGUAAAAAGGAACAUUCCUUGUGUUCGUCCCUGAAUGUAUGCGUUUGUGUGCUUGUCUUUUACAAAUUAUACAUUUCCAAGACUACCUGUCCAGUAUUACCGUUUGUCCUAAUCAUUUUUUUUUUUUUUUUACUUCUAUAAAAUCUUAAACCGUCUGAAAUCAAAAGCACUGUUUUGAGAGAAUGUUGGUGUAGUUGCCAUGUCGACAAGUGUUUGAAAUCAUUUUUCUUUUUCUGUAGCCUCUGUGUAGACAGGGGUAGCACUGCGUGUGUGUGAUUGACACUGAGGUGUUGUAAUUUUGAAACUCUUUAAUGCAUUUUAUUUAUCCCUUUAAUCACAGCAUUGUUGUGUGAAUGUGAGACCUGGGGUGUCUACUUUAUUCUGGUUUUAUUUUUGUACUAAAAGGUGCCAAAGUUUGGAGAUUCCCUUGUUUUGAUAAAGUUGAAAAGAACCUCA